AUGAAUCUUUGCUCAUGGAACUGUAGAGGAGUAGGUAAAAAAAGUUUUCCUGCUUUGAUUAAGGAUAUUAAAUAUAGGUUAAAAAUAAAAGUUCUUGCUUUGUUAGAAACUAGAAUUCAGGGGGAUAAAGGUGAUGUUAUUGUUAAAAAGCUUGGUUUCUCUAAGUUUUUUAAACAGGAGGUUGUUGGAUUUAUGGGUGGUAUUUGGAUCUUAUGGGAUGAUAGAGAUGUUGAGGUGGAGGUUAUUCGUGCCCAUCAUCAGUAUGUACAUACUAGAAUUCACUAUAUUGAGGAAGGAAGGAUAGAGUUAGCUACCUUUGUCUAUGGUAGCCCGAGGAGAGUGGAGAGAAUUAAACUUUGGGAGGACUUGGUGGUUAUUUCUGAUUCUGUUGUUGGCCCUUGGAUCCUGCUUGGGGACUUCAAUUCUGUUUUAAGACAACAUGAAAAGGUUGGGGGUCUGGAUGUGUGCUGGAAGAGUAUCCAGGAUAUGCAGGACUGCCUUAUGGAUUGUAGGAUUGCUGAUGUUGGGUUUAAAGGUCCUAGUUUCACUUGGAGGAGGGGAAAAUUACAAGAGAGGAUUGAUAGAGCUUGUGCAAAUGAAGAGUGGAAUGUUGUUUGGCCGAAUAGAGUGGUAGCUCAUUUACCUUAUUUCAGCUCUGAUCAUAGGCCAAUUCUUGUCAGCUGUUCUCAGUCUAGUCUAGGGGUGAAAUUCAAUUUAAAUUUCUUGCUGCCUGGCUCACAAAUGCUGAUUUUAGCAAUAUUGUAA